AUGCUCUCUCUCUCUCUCUCUCUCUCUCUCUCUCUCUCUCAUUAUUAUUUAAAGUUAUUUCUUUAUCUAUUUCUUUUCCAUGGCAGUUUAUUCGUUCUUUCUUUUCUCUUAUUAAUUUCUUUCUUUUCUUCUUUGUUUCUUGUUAAUUUCGUUCAGAAUGUCUUUCUGUUCUUCAUGUCAUUGUUUGUUCUUUUUUUAGUUAAUUACUUUUCAUUUUUAGUCAAUGUCUGUUUCUUUCUAAUCAAAUUCUUUCUUUUUUCCUUUCUUUUAUCUAGUUAUUUUUUAUUUGUUUCUUUUUCUAAUGAAUUUUUUUUCUUUCUUUUUCAUAUUAAUUUGCUCCGUUUUCUGGUCAGUUCCUGUCUUUUUUUCUUCUUUCUUUUUUUUUUUUUUUCUAUUAAUUUUUUUCUUUCUUUUUGGUCAAUAUCUGUCAUUUUUUUCUUUCUUUUUGGUCAAUAUCUGUCAUUUUUUCUUUCUUUUUGGUCAAUAUCUGUCAUUUUUUUUUCUUUUUGGUCAAUAUCCGUCAUUUUUUUUCUUUUUGGUCAAUAUCCGUCAUUUUUCUUUCUUUUUGGUCAAUAUCUGUCAUUUUUUUCUUUCUUUUUGGUCAAUAUCUGUCAUUUUUUCUUUCUUUUUUACAUCUGUAUCUUUCUUUCUUCUCGUCAAUCGCUUUUUUUAUUUUGGUUUAUAAUAUCUACUUUACAUUGGUUUCGUACUUGGCUUUGA